UGUGGCUGUUCUUGCCCUUUCUGCUCCCAGCAGUGCCCAGGUCGGGCCGGUUGACUCCCGCGGCUGAAUUGGGGUGAAGGUAGGCUGGCUGUAGCCGGCGGGACAGGCCCAUGAGGAGGCACAGGGUAGUGGUGGUUCAGUCUGGCACUGCCCCGGCGUACAGAACUGCCAUACAGAGUUUCAUCGAAGCUGCGUCCAGCUUCAGCUUCUGUCGGGCUGCGCUGGAGCACACGGUCUCAGCAGAGGAGCUGAACUAUCAGCUGCCACGCAGGACCGGGGGCAACCUGACCUGGCAUGAAGGACGCGGGCAGAGGGUGACGAGGAGGACCGUCAAACUGCUGCAGCAGCCCGGCACAGAAGGAAUACAGAUCCAGCCAGGAGAGGCCUUCACUGUGUACCACACCAGCCCGACGCUCUCCAGCUUAUGCAAACCAGUGGUGCUUUGGACCCAGCAGGACGUGUGUAAGUGGCUGAAGAAACACUGUCCCCACAACUACCUGACCUACGUGGAGGCCUUCUCUCACCACGCCAUCACAGGUCGUGCCCUGUUGCGGUUGAAUGGAGAGAAGCUGGAGAGGAUGGGUAUAAUCCAAGAGACACUGAGACAGGAAGUCUUGCAGCAGGUCCUGCAACUACAGGUCAGAGAGGAAGUGCGUAACCUACAGUUGCUCAGUAGAGCUUCCUUCGGCAACAUUUCUUAGCUCGUCUAUCCUUUUGGCAGCUCUCUCGACUUCCCGGCAGACACGGGAGGCCUUGUUCCAAACUGCUACAGACAGAAAGAGAGAGAGCGAAUCUGCCUGGAGGUGGAGCUGUGGAGGAGACUGUUAACUCCAAUUUAACAGACAGGACCGUCUUUUUAUGCAGAUCUGAAUGGGGUUUCAAAGACUCAAAUGGACAAAGUCGAACUCUAAAACUGUAAUAUAGUGAUAAGAUUCAAGUCUCACCUCAUCUCUACAAAACCCAGAGCACCAACCAGAGCUCUGUCAGACAAUAAUGAGGAUACAGAUUGGAUCAAGAUGCUGACUUUCAAGACGUUGACUUAAAGUUGAUCUCAGAUCCAAAUCUGAAGAUGAACAUUGAUCUCAGAUCAUGUUAAGAAGCGGUUCAUCUCAGCAGCCUUGAUUCCCCAAGUGUUUGGAUGAUGUCUGACAGACCUGCUCUUUUAUCACUCAUUUAACAUGGACGUAGAUGCAAUGCUGAAGAAAUCCUGUUUCUACAAGUGUGGAAACAGACAAUUCCUCCUCCUACCUCUCACGAUAGAUUGUAUCAUUGAAUUUGCUGAGAAUUAGAUAUAGAAUAUAGGGCAUGCAGUUUGAUUAUCCAGCAUCUUCCCAUUCCUGACUUCAAGCUAAAGGGAUGUUCACACUGACAAAAACAAUGACUACAUGAUCUGAAGCUGGAUGUUACGGACAAUUUGUUUGAAAAUGAACACUGAAUGUCAUCAUUUUGCUUUUCUUCUCAGGACGUUCAAGAGCUUCGUAUAUUGUUCCUGCUGUUACUUUCAUAAACACUCUUU